AUGACAAGCGGUUACGAAGACUACAUGACUGCGCCCAUCGCCCUACGGCAAUGUUACUACUGCGGAAAACCCGAGAGCGAACAAUUCAAGCUGAAGAAGCCUGCGUGUCGCACAUUCGGCCAAGAAAGCCCCGAGUAUAUCCGGGAGAACAUCCAGGCCAAGAGGUUCGGCUUCCGGAACGUGGAGGAGUUCUCAGGCGCAUUGAGGGACUUUGUGACGGCGCACACGUGGGCGUUCCAGUCCUACGCGAAGACACUCCUCGCGAUCGAGGGCGGCCCCGAGUACAUGAACACUCCACCGAAGGUGCUGCGGAUCUUUCUGAAGUGUCUCUGCGUCCGAGGAUCCUUCCUCGACCCAGCACGCACGUUCGGGUUCCUAGGAGCUGGGUGGCAGACAGUCGAGGAGUACAUACGUACGCCAACCGGCGCACUCGACUGGCAGAGAUCAGCAACAACUCGAGAGAGGUCUCAGCGCGCGCACAGCGGACGCCCGCGAUACGCAGGGGAGCUCCAUGUGCUAUUCGCCGUAGACCGCAUCUCUACAUGGCAAGGAGUCCUCUACACGCAGUAUUACCCGGACCCACGCGCCGCAGCCUUCUGGAGCCCCUGGGUCACGGUCGGGAUGCGUAACGCGAUGCUGGCGGACGUGCUCGUCCUCUGCGCCGCCAGUAUCCAAUUUGGGCUGGCGCUGCGGUGUGUCGAGGGACAGCGGUCUGUCGCGGCGCUGCCAGGACGCUUCGUCCGUUCUGACCUGAAUAGAUGGCGGUGGGAGCCGCUCUUCACGGACUGGGACCAGUAUCUCGCGGGCGCUCGAGGGAUCCAGGAGGUGGACAGCCUGCUUGGUAGCCCCAUACGAUCCCGGAUGGACGUCCCACUGCUUCUGCAGCUGGUUCGCGUACUGUUAUAG